UUCGACUACGUCGUGAUGGCCACGAUCCUCCUCAACUGCGUCUUUCUCGCCAUGACGGAGACCGUGGAAGAGGCAGAAUACAUAUUUUUGGUGAUCUACACAGCUGAGAUGGUAAUUAAAAUAAUUGCCAAGGGCUUUGUUCUGAAUAAAUACACGUACCUGAGGAAUCCAUGGAAUUGGCUGGACUUCGUUGUAAUUACCAGCGGCUACGCCACGAUUGGCAUGGAAGUUGGAAAUUUGGCCGGAUUGAGAACAUUUCGUGUGCUGAGAGCGCUCAAAACUAUUUCCAUAAUGCCAGGACUCAAAGUCAUCAUCAACGCACUCCUUCACUCAUUUCGUCAAUUAGCGGAAGUAAUGACUCUUACAAUUUUCUGUUUGAUGGUUUUUGCCCUUUUCGCUCUCCAGGUUUACAUGGGCGAGCUUAGGAAUAAGUGUGUUAGGAAUCUUCCACAGGACUGGAAUAGUACAGCUGAAGAGUGGAAGAGUUGGGUGAAUGAUACAGAGAAUUGGAUUUACGACGAGGAGGGAUUUCCUCUGUUGUGCGGAAAUCUAACCGGUGCCCGUCACUGUCCUUCAGGUUACACAUGUUUAUGUAUAGGCAACAAUCCAAAUCACGGCUACACGAGCUUCGAUAACUUCAUGUGGUCCAUGCUCACCACUUUCCAGCUAAUAACCCUCGACUAUUGGGAGAAUGUUUACAAUAUGAUUUUGGCCACAUCUGGACCCAUGAGCGUCUCCUUCUUCACCGUCGUGGUCUUCUUCGGGUCCUUCUAUCUCAUCAACCUCAUGCUGGCCGUCGUAGCGUUGGCGUACGAGGAGGAGGCGCAAAUUACACUUGAGGAAAGAAAAAAAGACUUACUGGAUCACAGGGAUGAUUCCACAUUCAGUUUCGAUCCGUCCAAAUUGAAUGUGAAGAAGCUAAAUAAGAAUCAGAGGAAGAAGAUUGAUUCGCGCAAGGGCGUCCUGCUGGCCAGCUAUUCGCGCAAGAAGACCAGACGGAGAAAGGGAAAGACCAAGGAGGGCAACAGCAACAAUCAGCCAAAAGGAGGUCGAUCUGUGACGCCCAGUCCGAGUCCAAGUCCUCGGCCAGCGCUCGCCAUUCAGAGAGGACGAGGAGUCACAGUUCAGAGCACAGCACAAAAUCCCAACACUCUCCAUCCAUUAGGAGCCAAUUACAGGGGUCAGCUUCUGCCCAGCAGUCGCCAGGCGAGCUCCAACGCCAGCGAGGGCGGCGGCGUGAAUCGCGAAUCUUCCCUUGACGAUUCCGGCGUGGUGGACGAUCACGAUGAGCAGGACUUGGCCAUGGAAUUGCUCCAUGCGGCGAACAUUGAGCAACUCCAUCGGGAUGUGACGCCCGUCACUCUGGCGCUCUCGCCGCGAGAAGUGCGAAUAAUCAAGUGCAACGGAAAUAUAGCACGGAUGAAGAAGCACAACGUGUACGCCCUUCAUCCGGAGUAUCUAUCGCAAAUUGUUGUUUUAGAUGAUCUUCCUGAUCGAAAUUGUGACAGAUGUGUUCAAUGCUGCAUAGAUUACGAGGGCUGGCUACAGUUCCAAAAUUGUUUAUACAAAGUAGUUAAGGAUCCACUGUUUGAAUUAGCAAUUACGUUAUGUAUAGUCCUAAAUACAAUGUUCUUAGCGUUAGAACAUCACGGAAUGAGUGAAAAUAUUCGUCAAGCCUUGGAUAUUGGAAAUAAAGUGUUCACAUCAAUUUUUACUUUCGAAUGCAUUAUGAAGCUGAUGGCUUUAUCCAAAGACUUCUUCCUCUGCGGCUGGAAUAUCUUUGAUUUGAUCAUCGUAUCUGCCAGCCUUUUGGACAUUAUAUUUGAACUUGUUGAUGGACUGAGUGUCCUCAGAGGCCUGAGAUUGUUGAGAGUCCUGAAACUGGCUCAAUCAUGGACAACGAUGAAAGUUCUACUUAGUAUUAUUAUAUCGACAAUAGGUGCUCUCGGUAACUUGACUCUCGUCUUAGUGAUAGUUAUUUACAUAUUUGCCGUGAUUGGGAUGCAACUGUUCUCCAAGGAUUACACUCCGGACAAGUUCUUUCCCGAUCCCGUUCCCAGAUGGAAUUUCAACGAUUUUUUUCACUCCUUCAUGAUGAUUUUUCGCAUUCUCUGCGGAGAGUGGAUAGAACCGCUGUGGGACUGCAUGAGAGCCGAGGAGAAAGAUGGAGCCUCGUCGUGUUUUGCCAUCUUCCUGCCGACACUCGUAAUGGGAAAUUUCAUGGUGCUGAAUUUGUUCUUGGCCUUGUUGCUCAACAGUUUCAAUUCGGAGGAGCUUAAAUCGAAAAAAGAGGAGGUUGGAGAAGAGUCUAAAUUGGCAAGGAGUUUCGAGAGGAUACGUUCUAUUGUGCGAAAGAAGCGAAUGGCGAGAGAAGGGGCGAGACAGAAGCCAAAACUCGAGGAGAUUGUUAAUGAAGUGAUGGUAACGCGCAGGAGCAACAAAGAUCGACUCAAGACUGCUGAUAAACACUAUUUAUCUGUGGAAAUUCAACAAAAGACUCUGUAUAGGCAUAGUUAUCAGGAAUCGCUGAACAGACCAAUUUCUGGCUCCGACUUUGGACUAGACAUUCCUCUGAAUCCGAAAGGAUACCUUCAACCCAUAACAGGAAGUCAGGAGACUUUUCGCGAAGUUGAUGAUCGUCAGUUUCGGGAGGAUCAGUUAGAAUAUGAGGACUUGAAGCCUCCAGUUCCCAGUGAGAGAAAACUGUUGCACCAAAUAUCUUCAGGAUUCGGAACGCAGCAGAAUGACAGCCGCGACGAACCGACAACAACGGAAUCCAUCGAACUAAGGACACUUGGUCCGAUAAACUCCACAGACACUGAUCCAGGAGAUCUCGUCAUGACGGAGAUUGAUCACUUUGAAGAGCGCAGCCAGAAGGAGGAAGAGUUAACAGUGCGAUCGCCAGUGACGCAGCUCAAUAUAUCACCUCAGUCGAGGCGUUCUAGUCAGUUGUCCAGCAGUUUGAAGGUGCCUGAAGCCGGAAGAACACCUCCAAUUCCAGACACACAAGAUCACGAGGAUCUGCCAAAUCAGAUGAAUUUGCGCGAUGAACUGCUCAACUGCGAGCAGAAGGAAUUGUGGCAAUUUCUCAGUGAUGACUUCGACAACAGCAACAACUACUUCAGCGAGACAGUCGGAUACGGAAGUGCUCUCAUAGAUCCAGAUACAGACAGUCUCGUCUUCGACGAUGGACGUCGAGAUGACUCUGUGUUCUCCGACAGGAAAGUCUCAAGUGCGAGUCUGCGAUCGAAUUUGAGCAACAUCUCGAAUUCAAUCUUUCAAACAUUGGAGAUCAAGCGAGGAGGAAGCACAGACAAGAUGUAUCACGAUAAGAAACCCUUGGUUGAGACAUCAGAGUUUGAUUACUUGAUCGAGAGCUUCGACAAAGAAUUGACUGAUCUCAAGAAACAAUCUUCCCUUUCGCUCGAGCGGAAGCCAUCGAUCAAAGUGAGUCAGGACAAAACUGCAUCUCUUCCAGCCACUCUCGAGUCAUCUGAUAUUGUCCGUCGGCGACCGAAGCCCGUGCACGCCAUUCCUCCCGACAGAGGAAGUGUGAAGAUCAAGAGGCGCAGCCUGGAGAAGCAGAAGAAGAUCUCCGAUGAUGACUUCCACGUGCCGGCGGAAAUAAAGAAAAUCUGUGAUCAAAUGCAGGCACCCUUCGGCAACGAUUUGGGUGGAUUGAAGCCAAAAUCUGACUUUCAAGCCUCGUUCGAGCGGAUCAAGCGAACGAGCCUGAUAGAGCGCGUCGAGGAGGAGGAGCGGCAGCCUCUCAAGGUGGAAAGCGAGAAAUUGCCAAGGAAGUACCUGGGAAAGGAGUUGAGCCUCGAGCCACUUCCGCUGAAAGUGUGCCACAGCCAAGAUAACCUUAGAGCUAGCGCGUCACCCUUGCCAAAGUCCGGAAGCAUUCUUCCUGUCCAUCGUCAAGUGGAUGCGGUGAAGAGUGUAACUUUGGAUGUUGACUCUUCAGAGAAGUCUGAAAGCGAUUCCCGACGAACGACGAAAGGAAAGAGCCCGAAGUCAGACAAGAAAGCGAAAGCGAGCGAUAAACCAUGGCACUGUUUGGUAUCAUACGUGGACGAUCUAACCGUGGGUGGUCGACGAAAUUCCAAAGGGUGCUAUGAGGAUCCCAUGUCAUUCCCCAGCUUCGGGCGAAAUCGCUCGCAGAAGGUACCACAGGAUUGUUUCCCGCAACGUUGCUACGAACGAUGUCCGUGCUUCCAGCGUUUCCUGAACUCACCACUUGGCAAUGUGUGGACCGCAGUGCGAACGGCCGUGCUGACCAUUGUAGACACGCCGACGUUCGAGUGGUUCGUCCUCGUCUUGAUAUUCGCCUCCAGUAUUACGCUAUGCUUCGAGGACAUCCACUUGGACUCGAAUGUGCGCCUGAAGAAGAUCCUCUACUGGACAAAUCUGGGCUUCUGCCUAAUCUUCAUUAUCGAGAUGGUCCUCAAGUGGAUAGCUCUCGGUUUCACCAAGUACUUCACCAGCUUCUGGACCAUACUGGAUUUCAUAAUCGUCUUUGUGUCCGUCUUCUCACUACUCAUUGAGGAGAAUGAAAACCUGCGGGUUCUCCGCUCGUUGCGGACACUGAGAGCACUCCGGCCAUUACGUGCCAUUUCAAGAUGGCAAGGAAUGAGAAUUGUAGUGAAUGCUCUCAUGUACGCGAUUCCUUCGAUUUUCAAUGUCCUCCUUGUGUGUCUCGUCUUUUGGCUCAUUUUCUCCAUCAUGGGCGUCCAGUUCUUUGGCGGCAAGUUCUUCAAGUGCAUCGACGACGACGGUGAACUCCUCCCUGUUGACAUAGUCAACGAUCGCGAGCAGUGCUUCGCCCUCAAUUACACCUGGGUCAACUCCAAGAUCACUUUCGAUCACGUCGGAAUGGGCUACUUGGCCCUCCUCCAAGUGGCUACGUUCGAGGGCUGGAUGGAAGUCAUGGCGGAUGCCGUUGAUGCUCGCGGUGUCGAUCUGCAACCUCAGCGAGAGGCCAAUUUGUAUGCUUACUUCUACUUUGUGAUAUUCAUAGUGUGCGGAUCGUUCUUCACUCUCAAUCUCUUCAUCGGAGUGAUCAUUGACAACUUCAAUAUGCUAAAGAAAAAGUACGAGGGAGGAGUGUUAGAGAUGUUUCUCACAGAAUCACAGAAACACUAUUACACAGCCAUGAAGAAGUUGGGUCGCAAGAAACCACAGAAAGUAAUCAAGAGGCCAAUCAAUCAGUUCUUGGCCAUGUUCUACGAUCUCUCAAAUUCACGAAGAUUCGAGAUAGCCAUAUUUGUGCUGAUCUUCCUGAAUAUGCUGACAAUGGGAAUUGAACACUACAACCAACCGCAUGCUGUGUUCUUUAUUCUCGAAGUGAGCAACGCGUUCUUCACAACAGUCUUCGGCCUGGAGGCGAUUGUGAAGAUCGUGGGACUGAGAUAUCACUACUUCACUGUGCCAUGGAAUGUCUUUGACUUCCUCCUCGUGCUCGCGUCCAUACUUGGCAUACUCAUGGAGGACAUCAUGAUCGACCUGCCCGUGUCGCCGACGCUGCUCAGAGUGGUCAGAGUGUUCCGCAUCGGCAGGAUCUUGAGGCUCAUCAAGGCGGCCAAGGGAAUCAGGAAGCUCCUCUUCGCGCUAGUCGUCUCGUUACCGGCGCUGUUCAACAUCGGCGCCCUGCUGGCGCUGAUCACCUUCAUCUACGCCAUCCUGGGCAUGUCACUCUUCGGACAUGUGCGCCUGCAAGGCGCCCUGGACGACAUGGUGAACUUCCAGACGUUCAGCCGCAGCAUGCAACUGCUCUUUCGUCUCAUGACCUCCGCGGGCUGGAAUGAUGUGCUGGAGUCGCUGAUGAUCCAGCCGCCGGACUGCGAGCUCGGCAGCACACCGUCAGCCAAUGGGGACUGUGGACACCCUUUGCUGGCCAUCACGUACUUCACCAGCUUCAUUAUAAUCAGCUACAUGAUCGUGAUCAAUAUGUACAUCGCCAUCAUCCUGGAGAACUUCAACCAAGCGCACCAGGAGGAGGAGAUCGGCAUUGUGGAGGACGAUCUGGAGAUGUUUUACAUACGCUGGUCAAAAUACGACCCACACGCCACACAAUUCAUACACUUUUCCCAACUGUCCGACUUCAUAUCGUCACUGGACCCACCGCUGGGCAUCCCGAAGCCCAACACGGUGGCCCUGGUGUCUUUCAAUCUGCCCAUCUCGAAGGGCAACAAAAUACACUGUCUCGAUAUACUGCACGCACUGGUGAAACACGUCCUGGGUCACGUGGAAGAGACGGACAACUUUAAGCAGUUGCAGGAGCAGAUGGACAUCAAGUUCAAGAAACAAUUCCCCACACGCAAAGAGCUGGAGAUUGUCAGUUCGACGCGUGUGUGGAAGAGACAGGACAAGGCGGCUAAAUUGAUUCAGGGCACAUGGAGGGAGUACUUGAGACAGAAGCGCGAGCGCGAACGAUCACCGAUAUCACAGGAUGAUGAACACACUCAAACUUCGAGUCCUGGCGGGUGGCAGAGCAAAUUGCAGGCGCUCAAUUUUUUGCAUUUGCAAGUACAUAGACGCGGCACCGCCACAUCGAGUCGAGCGUCCUCGCGGAAGUCGUCUCGAUGCAGUGAGGGAUCGGAUUUGAGCGAGUUAACUGGGCCCUGGCUUAAUUUACCUCUGAUGUUAGUUUCUGGAACUGGUGACCUGGUCAAAGAUAUGAAAAAUCUACAGCAAAACGGAGACGGAGGCACGCCGGGCCAGCAGGACGGCACGAAACCAGUGCGUCGUCGCAGCUUCUACAACUUCUUCCUGCGCCACCAGGACGCUGUGGAUGACGUGGCGGCGUCACCGUCUGUCCUCAGGAAGAGUGUCACGCCAAGUGGGACAAUUGUGUCUCUCAAUAACACUGAUGAGAAGUGCGAAGUUGUACAGUGCUCAUCAACACCUAAAGCCAAAAGGGCCACAAGCUUCAUUAAAAAGAAACCGCCAUUAGAGCGCGGCCUUUCAGCACAAAGCGCACUGCGAGUCAAUAGAAAUGCUUUCGUUUCUGACGGACCUUCUGGACCUGCAGAUGUGAGUAUUCUAGUGACGGAACCUUCGCCAGACACUCCACAUGUUCCAGGUGAGCGUCUUCAGGCCGAUCAGACGCUAGUUCAUGUGCUCGUUCACAGAGAGAGCGAGGAGUAUCACACCGACGCCGAAGAUGGCGGAAAAACAGCGUCCUCUUCAGCUGCGAUAGCAGGUGAACUGGCAAAACGUAAGCCACACGAAUUACCAACACACGACAUUUAUGCUAUAGAGCCGCCAUCUUCGUCGGUGACCAUUAUGGUGGAGAGUCCGAAGGAGCCGCCAAAGGGUGACUUUUCAUCCCCUGACGCCACAACCAUUGACAUCAACGACCCAAUUGACGUGAACAUGCCCGUCGACACGACGAACAUCUUCUACGAUUACGACGAGGCGGCGGACAGCGAAGGACAGUUCGAAGCGUCGCCGCCAGAUCAGGAAAGGUGACUACAGAGUGAGUGGAAGGCAGACAAGGACGAUCCAGCAGACAGUUGACAAUCUUCUAAUUCCUGAGUACUCUUUAGCAUAGAGAGAAUUUUUAGGGAAUUCCCAGCGCGGAAUCAAAUCUCAAGUUUAACUAAAUUGUAUAAAGAGAAUCUGCUAGAGAUUCUCCUUCAAGCUCUCAUGUAAGAACAAAAAGGAGAAAAUGACAAAGUGUAGGAAUUUUUUGUAGAUAGCGAUAUAAUGUCACAAAGAAUUAUACGAAUACCAUCUUUUAAAAGACUUUGACCUACAAAUUACCGUGCAUUUUCAUCCUGAUGGUGAAAAGAAAAAGGCGUAAGUUUUGAGAGUGUGAAGAAAUAGACCAAGAAUACACAAUACUUAUAGAAAUGUCAUUAAAAGAAUAGCCAGCAGAUAAGAUGCAUCAAAGCACUUCCAAGUAAAAUAGAUAAAGGAAAAUAUUAUAAAUGAUUGCAUAAUAAACAAUUUUAAAGGUGGAAAACAAAACGAAACGUCUCAAUGUAAUGGCACAAGAACUUUUCAAAAUAUGCUCCUUUUGAUCUAAUUCGCGAAGGCACUGCGCGUAUUUAAUACUUAUCUUUAACUUUAUCAUUUCCUUUAAAAAUCAUCAAGAAGAACUAAUAAUGAAAAGAUAGCAUUUUCAAUUAAGAUUAUAAAGGAAAAUUAUUGAAAACGAAUUUAUAUUGAUAAAAAAAAGUAAUAUUUCGAAAAUGUUUAAAUAGGAACAUCAUGGUAAAGUGCAUAUUCUAAUAAUUUGUAUAAACGAAUAUAUAAAUGAAAAAGGAUAUUCAGUAAAAAUUCUAUAAUAGAAAUGAAGAGUUGUUUCUUGAACAAAAAAAAAGGAAAACACACGCUAAUUGGGGGGAAGAAAGACGCAAAAGAGAUAAACUUAUUGAACGAGAAUUUUUCUUGUUAGGAAAUAUUCCGAAUUAGAAACUAUUUGUAAAUACAGAAAUAUUGAGAAAUUACAUAAAACAAGAAAGAAAAAAUACUGUCAAUUAGCAAGAGAAAGAAAAACACAAAUUAGUAGGUUUAAAUUUGAGAUGAUACUUUAGGAUUUUCAUUUAUUCCGCUUUCCUUUUCAAAAUCUCUUUCUUAAUAUUACAUACUUUUUCCCUAUGAAUCAUAAGAACUUUUUGAGAAAUUUAUUUUAUCAUUUGAUUUUUAGAACCUUUGUUCGUGAUGAUUUUAAAUUUUUUUCAAAUAUUAAUAAAUAACUCUUGCUACAACACUCAAAAACCCUAAAAGGAUAGAAAACUCAGAUUUAGAGAAACCAAUUUAGUUUUCUUUCAUAAAAUUCCAUAAAUUUUCUGGCAAACUUUCUUCUUCUAGUAAACGAGCUUAUUUUUAUCUCACCGUGAAGAUAAAAGCUACAUUUCAAAGUAAAAACCAAAAUAACAGAUUUUAAAUAAAAUAAGAUGCAACUGGUGUUAAUUGCGAAUACAAAAAAAACACGUAAAAUACAUAAAAUUAUAUUAUUAAAGUUUUAUCUUUGUAAACAAAUGUGACUAAGAGCAGCUCGAGAAACAGAGAAAAAAUAUAUUUGACAAAGAGAUUGUAAAUUUAAAAAAUAGUGUGAAGAUUUAUCAAAUUUCAGAAACUUUAUAAGCC